AUGAGCGAUGAAAUGACCCUUAAAGAGGGCUUUGCGCGAAAGAGUGAGGUCGAAAGCGUAGAACAUGCGGAAACUUUGAGUAUAACUACGGGGAAUCACAUGGCAAGAACCCGUAGAAGAUGGUCGAGAAGCUCGCAAGAUAAAAGGCAUAAGGGACAAAAUCUGGCAGAUAAUGUGCACGAGGCAGUCACAUUUGAUUACAUAUCACCUGGACAACUGUACUCUACGGAAUCCGGGCGUCUUUUCCAUGCGGGUAAGAUUUUGGUCGUUUUAGUAGGCCUUCCAGCGACGUCCAAGACAUUGCUGUCGGUUGCAAUAACCAGGUACACCAAGUGGCUAGGUGUACGUACAUGGUCGUUCCACGUUUCUGAGUACAGAAGGAGAAUGGCAGGUGUGGGGCUUGAGGAGUUCCCAAUUGACUAUUUUUCGGCCAGGCCGCAAACAGCUGAGGGCAGCAAAGUGAGAAAUCAAAUUUUGGAUCAAGUAUCGAAGGACAUGCUUGCUUAUUUUAAGGAAGGAAAGGGCCAAUUAGCCGUUUAUGAUGCGUUAAACAUUCUGGCCGAAGAACGAGUGCAGCUGAACCAGCAAUUCAUGGAGAUGGGUAUCAAAGUUUUGUUCAUAGAGUCGGUAAUGAACGAUUCUGAGUUGAUUAAGCAUAACGUAGAACAGGCAUCGAAGUCUGCAGACUACGUUGGAUGGUCCAAGGAGAACGCGAUAGCUGACUACGUGCAUCGCAUUAAAAUCAACAAGCAAUUAUAUGAGCCCAUGACUCGCGAAGAACAACUGAGUUACGUCAAAUACAUCAAUUUCGGAGAACAGCUAAUCGUCAAUAACAAUCAUUUCGGGUAUCUGGUCAAUAAGAUUGUGUUUUUCCUCAUGAACUUGGGGGAAAAGAAGGGCUGUGUCUAUUUUGCCCGCUGUGGUACCAGUAAGGACGACAAAUAUAUUAGGGACGAAGUACUCAACGAAGAAGGUUUGCAGUAUUCCGAGGUUCUUACCGAUCUUGUAUUGAAAACGAUCAAUGCAAGAAGGCUCACAAAAUCUAAGAAUGCGGUCAUCGAGAGUUGGAAGAACUCUCCAAAAAUAAGAGCAGCGAGCUCGGGGCCUGCGUCGCCAUCCCCGUCUCCAUUGAUUCCUACUCACGAAACUUUAAGGCGUUCCGAAUCUACAGGAAACACUUCCGUCCGUCAACCGGCCACUGGUGAUGGUGGCGAUGAGGAUUCUUUUGUUGUCUGGACUGCUCCUCGGAAACGCACGUUCGACACUGCCAAGUUUUUCUUGGAAAAGGGUAUCACAGUGCGUCAAAAAUCUCAAUUACAACAACUGCAUCCAGGUCUAGUGGCAGAUCUAUCCAAAUCUCAAAUAAAGGAAAAAUUUCCCGAAGAAUAUCGGGAGUGGAAGAAAGAUCCUUACCAUUACAGAUUUCCGCGAGCGGAAUCGUAUCAUGACUUAGCGGUGAGAAUGGAGCCGUUGCUUCUAGAGAUGGAACGUAUGCGCGGCGAUAUUCUCAUAAUUGGCCACGAAUCAACUCUCAGGGUAUUAUAUGGCUACCUGAUGGCAUGUUCAUGCUCUGAUAUUCCUUCCUUACAAUUUACGAGGGACGAACUUAUCGAAAUAUCUUUUGGACCUUUCGAAAACAAAGUUAGAAAAGUGCCAAUGCCAUCCUACCGAAAAUGA